AUGGCAGAAUAUAAUAAGGAAAGAUUUGUUCAAAGCAUAAAGUCGAUAGGCAAAAGGCCGGGUGUAACUACAUCAACGUCAUCGUUAUCAGCGAUUCCAUCCUUUUCAGCAAUGACAUCCAAUCUAAUGACAUCUCCUUUAUCUUUUUCAUUGUCGUCACCAAUUGGCACAUCGACUCUAUCUUCAUCCACCUCGACUCUACUCUCUAGUAAUAAUAGAGUUGGUAGAUCUUCCUUUGACGACAGUGAUGAUGACAAUGAUGGUAUCGUAAUGUCUACUAGUUAUAGCAACAUUAUCAGCCCAAUGAAAACUACCACACCAUCUUCAUCUUUAUCUUCAUCUUAUUCAUCUACUUUUAAUAAUGGUAAUCAAUCAAAUGGUAAUAAUAAUAAUAAUAAUAAUAGUAUUCUAAAGAAAAGAAACUUUUCAUUUAUUACUUUGGAUUCUGAAUCAUCAUUGCGUUAUCCAUCUCCUGUAGUUUGGAAUUCCAAUGAACCGACAAUUAAUCAUGAUCUACCAACCCAAUCCAACGGAUCAUCACCUCCACAGAUUGACAAUACUAUUAUUACUACUAGUACUACUACCCAUCCCAUGGCAAGUAAAGCACGUGAGCCAUUGUAUCCAACAUCUACGGGAGGAGGAGGUGGAUUAACAUCUGGUGCGAUUGUCUAUCCUCCAGGACACCAGUCAACGUUAGAAAUUGAUGAAUCAUCAGAGCCUGUUUCAUCAAGCUUAACAUCACCUUCACAAAAAGAAUAUGAAAAGAUACAACAAUACAUUAGAAAGAGAAGGCAAAAGGAUGAAGAACGAAAAAGAAAGAAUGAAUUGAAAUCAAACUCUCACAAUAAUAAUAAUAAUAAUAAUAAUAAUAAUAAUAAUAAUAACAAUAGUAACAACUCUUCCGAUUCAUAUAUUAGUCCUAGAGAUGGUCCAUCAAUACCUACAUCUUCAUCAUCACCACCUUUGGCAACUACCACUACCACAAUGGCAAUGGCAACAACAACAACCACCACCACUACUACUACAACUGAACAACAACAACAAUAUUUAUUAAACUCUAAUAAUAAUAAUCAAAAUAAUAAUAAUAAUAAUAAUAAUAGUAAUGAUGAAUCAUCAUUGAUAUAUGAACAAUCAAGAGUUGUCGUCAACCUCGAGGCCGACCGUCUCAAGUGGGGUCGCUCCAACCUCAUGACACUGUUUAUCGUCGAGACAGAGACUGGCAAGAUCUUCAAAACCAUCCAACAGAGCGAGUUUGAGCGCGGCACCCAAAUGAAAAAGUCAGCGUUUAUCAAACUCGAGCGAACCUACCUCAGUGGCGCAUUCGACAUGUACAUAAAAUACACAGAGUCUAAAAACUCUAAAAACGCCCUCGAAAGCACCACCUGCUCUUUCCUCGUUCAUCCAAGUCGCGCCGAACUACUCUCAUUACCACGUUGCCCCAUUCCACGAUUCGAAGUGGGAGGAAUCAAUCUCAAAGAACUAAGACCACACAAUCCACCCGUUAUGGCACCUGCAUCAUUGAAACAAUCAAACAGUCGAUCUAGACUAUCGACAUCGCAACCCUCAACACCUUCCUUUGUCACACCACCCCAUUCCUCAAUGUUAUCGGCAUCGACAGCAUCCACUACUACUACAGCCUAUUCAAAUCCAUCAAUGUUUUCGUCACCACCUCUUUCACCACAAUCACCUCCUGGUUUAGUCAAUAACAACAAAAAAAACAACAAAAAUGGCGCCCACAUUUCUACUUCAUCUUCAUCUUCAUCUCCAUCACUUAGUAAAAGUUGUGAAACUCUUAUUACUUUUAAUCCAAAUGUAAAUAAUAAUCAAAAUAAUCAAAACUAUUUAUUCUAUAAUCAAAACAAAAAUAAUAAUCAAAAUAAUAAGAUAACACUUGACGAUAUUGUUGAAAGUAUUGGAGAAGAUAAUGAUGGAGAUCAUUAUAUAGUGAUGGAAAAUUGUUUGACAAUGGAUAUUGUAGCCAAAAUCAAUCCUGUACAGGAUUCAUUAUCUAUUUUUCGCGAUGAAAAUUCGUUUGAUCUAGAACAAACCAAGACCAUUGCACAAGCAAGUUCAUUUAGAUUCUGCAUUGGAGAUAAGCCUUUUGCAAAUAUACAGUGCUUUAUUCGUUCUCCAGUGUCAUCCAAACACUUUCAUCUUCUUUUUGAAAGAAGGGAUUUUGCUGCUGGACACAAACUCAAGGUUGUUUUAAAAUAUUGGUAUGAAUGUGAACAAUCUAUUUUCUAUAAUGAUCAAUUUGUAAUUGUACCUCCACCAAAUGACGAAAAUAAUAAUAUUAAUAAUAAUAAUGAUAAAAAUAAUAAUGAUAACAAUAGUAAUAAUAAUAAUAAUAAUAAUGACAACAAAAAUGAAAAUGAUAAUGGAAAAGUUAGCAAGAAUACCCAAACCUUUGCAACAUUUAGAGUCAAUUUUUAUGGUGAUUCAGUCAAUAUCAAAUGCCCUACCGAUAUUGAAUACCAUGGUUUACUUGAAAAGAUCAAAAAAAACUUUAGUCUAGACCCUACAGCCCAUCUUUCAAUUACCAUUUUCCAAAACGACAAAUUCAUUGCACUCACUGAACACAAUUUAGAAAUAGCCUUAUCCUUUAAUAAUUAUACUUUACAAUUAUUUGUUAAAGAUGAAACCAAUUUUGCUUCUUAUCCAAAACCAAAUCAAACAAAACCAAAACCUGUUGUAGUUGAAGAUAAUUAA